CCCAGGGCUCGCUCUUGAUUUGGACCUUCUUCCCAGGGUUCUCUGGCACUGCUUUCCCAGUCUCCUCUGCGCGGCUCUAUCUAAACUAGCUUCCCUUUGUACUUAGCGUAGACCGUCUCCCUGCGUGCACCGCGCGCUGCCAGAAGCGCAAGUCCCCCAGAAUCAGCAUGUCCGUGACUGAGGAGGCGAUUCUCGGAGGCCGUGGCAGCCAUCCUUCUGCUGGUGGCAGUUCUGUGUUAUGCUUUGGACAGUGUCAGUACACAGCAGAAGAGUAUCAGGCCAUCCAGAAAGCUCUGAGGCAAAGGCUGGGCCCAGAAUACAUCAGUAGCCGAAUGGCUGGAGGCGGCCAGAGGGUAUGUUACAUCGAGGGUCACAGGGUAAUUAAUCUGGCCAAUGAGAUGUUUGGUUACAAUGGCUGGGCACACUCUAUCACACAGCAGAAUGUGGAUUUUGUUGACCUUAACAAUGGCAAGUUCUACGUGGGAGUCUGUGCAUUUGUGAGAGUCCAGUUGAAGGACGGCUCAUAUCAUGAAGAUGUGGGCUAUGGGGUCAGUGAGGGCCUCAAGUCAAAAGCCUUGUCUUUGGAGAAGGCAAGGAAGGAGGCGGUGACAGAUGGGCUGAAGCGGGCGCUGAGAAGUUUUGGGAAUGCACUUGGAAAUUGUAUUCUGGACAAAGACUAUCUGAGGUCACUAAAUAAGCUUCCACGCCAGUUGCCUCUUGAAGUGGAUUUAACUAAAGCAAAGAGACAAGAUUUUGAACCCUCUGUGGAACAAGCAAGAUACAGCAGCUGCCGGCAGAACGUGACUCUGGGACCCCCGAAACCACAGGAGGUGACCUCCCCUUGCAAACCAAGCCACUCAGAUGAUCCCCACCUCGUGAAACAGGAAGACAAGGCCGGCAGCUCCCGAAGCCUGGCCUCCGCCAUGGAGAGCGAUGCCACGUACCAGCGGAAGCUCCGGCAAAAACAGUUGCAGCAGCAGUUCCGGGAACAAAUGGAGAAACAGCAAGUGCAACUGUCUGCUCCAUCAGUGGAAAAGAAGAAUCAGGCAGCACCGCCAGCACUUCCUGUGAAGCACAGCACCCCCAUAACUGUUUCUGAACCACACACGGAGAAAGACUUCCUCACAGUGCUUUGUGAGAACACUUCUUUGUUGAUGCUGCGUUUUCCCACGAUCUCUGUCCUUGCAGACAGUCUUGGAAUGUGGGAUAUGGAUCCAGAUGCAGAGGACAGUGAUGUGAAGCCCUUGUCUAGGCCAGAACCACUCCAGACCCCUGCCACACCAGUCCUGAAACACCAGGUGGUGACCUGGAAUAGGACUCCACAGGACCUCUGUCACCAGGAUCCACAAGCAAAAUCUGGACCCAGGCAACUCCAAACUCACAACAGUAACCAAGAGAUAACAGUAAACUCUGAUUUCUAUGACAAGAACCAAGACUUGAAGAAAAGGAAACUGGAUCCAUCUUAACUGAGGCUCCGGUCACAUCAUUGGACUUUGUCACAAAAGGGACUUUCGAAAACUACUUUUUGGUCAUGAAAUUGUUCACCAUUCCUAGGGAAUGAGCUUUAUUUCCAAGGAUUUACCUUGCUUCAUUCUGAACUUUACCUGAGGAUUUGAGUGUUGGAGCCUACUGCAGACAGAGCAGAGCAGUCAGAAAGCCCUUUUAAAAAGCUUGUCACACACUGCAGUGGGGAGGCUCUACGACUGAACACCUUCUCUCUGGCUCUUGAGGCUCUUCUCUAUUUAUUCCUAAGCUCUUACAUUAGUAAGUAUAGGCAUUUCAGGAGUCAUCAGUGGCUACCUGCCUUCAAGCAAUAUAAGCCAUACUAUGAAGCACGGACUUUAACCACCACCUAUAUCAAGUUAUUGUUAAUGUCUGUCUUCUUUGAACUUUAGGUCUCCACAUUUACUGCUGUCCACACCACACUGUGUAUCCUAAGAACAAAGACUAGAGUGGGGUUUCGCUACUUUGCAUCAAUCCAGCCUGCCAUCUUCAUCUAUGAUAAUCUCUCCUUUAUAGGUUUAUGAAGUCACUGUCCUGUGGUUUUUUUUCCUUAUCAAGGGAAUGAUCUAGGACCAAAGAAAAGGCAUUUUAAGAAAGCAAAAUAAAUUCUUUUUAACAAAAAAUGUAA